ACAAAGAAGGUCCAGAUAGGCUAAAUGCUUCUCGAGCCGAAUGGCUUUUAGAGAAAACCUAUUCGCACGCUUUGUCUUGCAUUACAUUACAGUCGAGAGAACAAGCGUGGGGAAAGCAGACUCGCCCGCCAUUGGUCAGCAGCGAAGGAGGGUUUUAUCAUGGACAACAACUCGGAAAGUCAUAAAUUUUGCGUAUCCAUUAAAAGGUCAGUUUUCUGAAGACUCUGGCACUGAGCACAUUUAUCGUUAGUUUCCGCUUGAUUACCAACAGUUCAAGGGUAGGCUACGUAUGUCGUAGCUAUCACCAAAACCGCCCAAGUUCGAGCUGAAGUACCAUAAAUGUUACGUGACGUAGUGAAUAGCCUACUCGGUUUACAUUUAGCGUGUUAAAACUGGUCUUGAAUCAUGCGUUUCGAUUGUGUCCGGAGGGAAAUACACAAGCUAGCUUGAUAGCCUUCAGGUUCAUUUUGAAAUCAAAAAUGAAAGCGCGUUACAUCGUCUCAGAGCAAAUCGACGACUGACAGGUCACACAGCAGGAUUUUUAGCUACCGACGUGGGUUUAGUUGCUGUUAUUAUGUGCACGGUAGCUAAUGUUGGUGCAGCGAUGAACAAGAGUUGUGAGAGAAACAUGGAAGCAAAGUUGGACGUAAAUAAGCCAGACGCCUGUUUGGAACGGAUAUUUACAGCCCUGACUGUGGACGAUGUGUAUGAAAUCGCCAAACUGAUCGGGUCCGAGGUCGAAAAGCUAAUUGAUAGCUUUGGUAAAGAGAGCGUCGAGGGCUUGGUGCCUAAAAUAGUUAAAGUUCUGGAGUUUCUGGAGAGUUUCGCAGCUAGGAACCAUGUGCACAGUUCCAAAGAAGAGGAGAUCUUAAAGGCAUUCGAGGCUCUGCAGAUACAGAAACAAAAGAAGAGGUGCGUGAAAGACUCUGAGGACGACAGUUACAAUAAUAACGAAAUAAGGGACCUCCAGCAGAAGGAGCAGAAAUGGAGGAAGAGAUCAGAGGAGCUCGAGGGCCAAAUGCUGGAGCUACAGGAGGAGAACCAGGAACUGCUCACUCAACUGAAGAGCCACAGCAAGGGAGGCCAGGUCCAGCAGCAGGAGCGGGAGCUGAUGCUGAAGCUGAAGGAGGUGGUGGACAGACAGAGGGACGAGAUCAGAGCUAAAGUCCAGGAGAUCAGCAGCGUUUCCAAAGAGGUGGAGGCGUUGCAGGAGCAGCUGGAGCGCUUUAUGAAGAUGAACGGUGAGCUGCGGCACAAGCAGAGCGUCACGCAGACGCAGCUGAAGAGCGCAGUGGAGCGCAGCGACCUGGAGGCCGACCUGUGCCACAAACAGAAAGAGAUCCAGAGACUGAGCGCCCAGCUGGAGAGCAGACCCGCAGGGUGAGUGUGUGCUGACCCCGGGAAGGCGGAGCUCGACCUGACGGACAAACUGGUCAUCGACCUGAAGGACCCGGACAGGCCCUGCUUCACCAAACAGGAAGUCCGGGACAUGCUGUACGAGAGGAACGAGCUGAAGGCCAACCUCUUCCUGGUGCAGGAGGAGCUGGCCUACUACCAGAGGUGGGCGGGGCUUAGGGGGGGUCGUGGAAAGUUGGGUGUGGCUUAUCUCCAUAGUGACGAUGAUGCUAAGGGACCUCUCUUUGAGCGCAAAGGGAGCACAGACUGCACUGAUGGGAAACCGCCUGAGUCCCGCAUCAGGAACCUGUGAGUUUGUCCUUCGGGCAGUGGAAAGAGCCCAG